UUUGCUUCAGGAAAAUGUUCCACUGGCACUGUUGCACUACACAUACGUACACUCACAUGAGUCCCAAUCACUCUCCACUUUCAGUGUUGAAGAAGAAUAUUCUUUGUCUGUUACGAGGUCAUGCAAAGAUUGGAUCAUUUCUUCUGACGGUGUAUGGAUCCUGUCACGACGGACGCCUUCUGAUUGCAUCUCCUUCGUUGUGCGAUCGAGCUGUUAGCAGUGCAGUGGCUGGCGAGUGGCUUGCUGAGAGCAGCAAUUGCAGGAAUGUUUCAACAGGAACGGUCUAUAGCCUGAUCGAGUCACCUUGCUGCAUUUGCCAAGUUGGCGCAGAGCUGUAGCAUGGGCUAUUUGAUGUCAAGGUUGCUCGGCCUCUUUGGCACCACGGAACGCAAAGUGAUCAUUGUUGGCUUGGACAAUGCUGGCAAAACAACCAUUCUGUAUCAGUUUGUCAUGAACGAGGUUGUGCACACAUCACCUACGAUUGGAAGUAAUGUCGAGGAGAUCAAGUGGAAAAACAUGCAUUUUGUGAUGUGGGACAUAGGUGGGCAGGAGUCACUGCGCUCCACAUGGGCAACGUAUUACGCCAACACAGAGUGUUUAAUAUUGGUCGUGGACAGUACGGAUCGCGAGCGUCUGUCUGUGUGUAAAGAUGAGCUGUUCUCCAUGCUACAUCAGGAGGAUCUGUCCAAAGCACUGCUGCUGGUCUUUGCCAACAAGCAGGACGUGAAAGGCUCCAUGUCCGCUGCAGAGAUUUCGCAGCAGCUCAACUUGACCUCGAUCAAGGACCACAGUUGGCACAUACAGGCGUGCUGUGCACUUAGCGGUGAGGGACUUUAUCAGGGACUGGAAUGGGUUAUGCAGCAGCUCAAGAAUAGGUGACGAACGCGGCCCAUUUAGUGCUGUCACCUUACUAUCGAUCUUUUGACCUUGAUCUUGUUGAUAUCCGUUACCUUUUUGUGAGCUGCUAGGCACCCUGGCUCAGUGCCUGCUUGCGUAUACGUACCUUCUGUUUAGAAAAAGAAUCUUCUUUGUAUUAGUGCUGCAUAAAACUUUCUUUGAUAAAAUUAAUAGUUCUCUGCGUUCUUGAUGUGUACAAAGUUUUUAUUAAUCUGUACAGAUCUUAUCGAAUGUCUUUGUCUUUUUUUGCUCCUUGCAACCUCACUGCCGGAGCAUCAUGUGCAAGGUAUGCUUCGUUGUUUCUAUGAUUUUGAACAUAAUGUACAUGAGGUGUGAAUUUGAUGCGCAUGCGAUCGCUUCUGUUUUUUUUUAGUUCUAGGUUGAUCUUUUUUCUUUGUCUACUUUUACAGCCAGAAUAUAGGCUGCUGCGCGUGCCGUUCUGCAUACCGCUGCCAUGAUACCGGGCUGUGUCAUGGAUGGCCCUGCUGUGUAUUUUCAGAUUAGUUGCUUGAAUCGAAUCCCAUUGACUCUCCCUUUCCUUUAUGCAGGCUAUUUGCUGGGCAAAGUAGCGGGCCGGAUCUUCUGCGUUUUGCAUUGUUUGUGGAAACUGACAUCUCACUCUUUUGCUACUGCUGUAUAUGAACAUGUUCUUGGUGUGUUUUCUAUUUACUGUGUGUUUACUGAACUGCAGUUAAUGUCA